AUGUCGAAGCGCACGAGAAGUCGAGAGAGGUUUCCAAUAGGAGAGUGGGCUCGUAAAGCGAAGUAUAAGCGCGUCAAAGCUGUGGAAGCGAGCAAAAGCCUUGAAAAUAUUAACCAGGAGAUAUCAACUGCUAAAGGGACCAUAAAAAUUCAAAAGGAAAAUAAUGUUCAGCUGCAAGGCGAAAUAAAGGAGCUCAGGAGAAAGGUAAGCCACUGAAAAGGAUGCUAUUUUUUGAAGUUGAUUGCAAUGUAGUGACUUGAGUAAUGAAGUGGUAUUAAAGCUGAAGGAUUACUGAAAGUAAUCAUUUGAUAAACGUUGGUGUGAUGUGGGUAUCAAUUAGUAUAUAUAAUAGGACUCCUUGCUUGUCCAAUUAAUUAAGAAAACAUUGGAUGAGAAAUUCAGAGGAACACCAAAAUUGGACGAGGCCGAUGCCCGAUUCCAAUUUAGUGUUCCAAGAAAUUUUCAAAUCCAAUGUUGUCUUAAUUGGACAAGCAUGGACUCCUGUUAUUUGUUAAUUAUAUAGCUACCUCUAAACCCAAACUAUCCAAAUUUAAAAAAAUCUGGACACCUAUCCAAUUUAAAAAAAAAAUUGGACACUUGCCAUUAUUGGAUUUAGAGGUAGUUGUAAUAUAUAGAUUUAGCCAGGGCUAAAAGCGAAGCUCCCAUUAAUAAAUUUAGAAUUUAAAUCAAAUAAUAAACUUGUAAUCCACAAAUCAGUUAACUUGAACGGAAAGCUAAGGCUGAGUGAUUUUAGAGUGAAAAAAAAAUCUUACAUCGAAUUGAUAGCCGUAUAUAUACACCCAAAAAAUAGCAAACAUCUUCGAUCACAUUUUAGAGCCAUAAUGGCUCUUGAUCACAGUAGAUUAGGCCUGGAAAACGAAUUUUUGGAAAACAAAUCAGGCCGAAUUUUUUGCUUUCGACAAGUUUACUUAACAAAAACUUGCAAACAACUCUGGGAGCGUGUAAACCAACAUUUCAUACUUUUUACACAUCACAUCUGAAACAGUGAUAUGAGGCGUUGUUUUUAUCAUAUAGACCUCAGACAAAAUGCAGUAUUUCACAAUUUUUCAAGACAAAUUGCACUCAUUCAAUAUUCAGAACCGUCUGAAGCACUUUCGUGGGCUUUUAGCAAAACCGUUCAAAUAAUUUCCAAAAUCAUUUAUACGGCCAGCCGGUUCUCACUUUUGACAAGCGCCAAAUUUUCAGUGAACAUUAAACGAGUUACGCUUCAACGUAAUAAAGAAUUUAUUGUGUUUAUUUUUUUUAUUAAAUGGUUUUAUAACGAUGUGCAAUCUUAAAAAGCGUUUGAUACGAGCAGCAUUUUGAGUACUCCUGCAAGCGUUGUUUAUGAACGACUGAAAACAAACUGCAAAGCGAUUAAAAUUGUAAGAGACUACUAACAAUCAAUAAAAGAAAUGUAAUUCGGUGAAACAUUUACAGAGACAACAAUUUUCAUUCACGAAGACAAGUAUUAAAGCGUCUCUAAAAACUGAGUCUUUAAGCUUAAGCUUAAAGCUAAUUAGCCGGCUUCCUCUUGUUUACUGUUUUCAAAGAUGAACUCGAGGCAAGAAAACCGCUCAAAGCUUUCUUUCUACAGCCAAAAUUAUAACUAAAUACUCUUCGGAAAGUUUUUUCGUUCUAUAUGCGGAGAGAAAAUAUCGACUAAAGGCUUUUUAAAGUUCUGUAAGCUUAUAUAUACUAGAUCAGAUCAUUGUCUCAGAUCUUAACACAAACGUGCAUAAAUUAGCCUGAUAAACUGCGCUCGACUUCAUGAAAUUAGAUAUAAAAAACAAACAUACACUGUAUACAAUAAUUACUUAGGCUUACCAUUCGAGAUGCAGCUCUUGAAAGCUAUAAAGUAAGGCCAGAAUCGCUUGAGGGACUUUUCAAUCCGCAUCCAGCAAGGUAAAAACGAAAGCGAUGCAUCCGAAAUCGGAUUUCCAACUUUGGCAACCGGCGCAUUUCCCGACCAAAAAUUCAAUAAACAAACCAGCCAUGAAUAAAAGAAGACUGUUGAUAGCAGCUGUAUUUCAUUUUAAGCAUCCAGUGGAAAAAGACAGUAAAAGACAUCACAAGUUGACAAAAUACUCUGUCAGCUUCAGCUGUCAAACUGAAAGUAAACAAGGUUCAAGAUGCUGUAUAAAUCAGUUUCUGCAUGAACUCACCUGUCAAAUUUUGAACACGGAGCAUAAAAAAUUGGACGGUCGUAGAGCGUGAUCAACGCGUGUCUAUGGUCAGAAAAGUGAAAAGCUUCUGUCUUCCCUGCUUGUAUCUUUAAAUGACUGGCUGAAUUUUCGAGUCCGAGAUCAGUUUGAAAUCAAAAUGUUAAUAGCGCGGGGCCAUAGUGACAUUAACACAACACUUUCUGUCAUAUGUCAUUAUUUUGCUGCCGUUCUCUUUGCCUUUGUAUUUCUCUUUCGCGUUGCCUUUGUCUGUUCAUUCUAGCUCUGUCUCGUUCUACUUGCCGGCGUUUUUCACUAUAAUUUUCUCUCCUUCUUCUCGCUCUGACUCUUUCUACUUGCUUUCUUUUUUUCAAAACCAGUUGCGCGAUAUAAUUGCGCGACGUUGCGCCAUGCGAUUUCCCGCCAAAAAAAUCUGUACUUUCCCCUACCCCAAGAGUCAAUGCGGACUACUUUCCACUACCCGGAAAGUCCGUACGGACGGACGUACGCUACGUCAUAACCAAAUUUUCUGGGAUGGAUAGUUUACCAAAUUUUCUUACCCAUGGUGCUCCGCUGCGCGCGCGAAGCGCGCGCGGGAGCUCCGCUAUAAUUAAGGAGUAAAACUUCAUUGUUAUUGGCUGCAUAAAUUUAUCUUAAAAUUAAGGGAUCGAGUGGUAGCAUUCAUAGUGCUACAGGACACAAUAAUCGUGUUCAAGGUAAACUAUGAGGUUUUAAUUUUUCUUACUCUCUUUUAUUUCUGUCAACUUUACAAUUCAUUAUAAAUUAGAACUGCUCAUUUAUGGCUAGAAACUGGACAUUUUUGAAUGAAGCUGCUGUUCUGAAGCAUAGCUGCACUGUCUUUUUCAGCGUGGCUUACUUGAGGAUGAAAAAGUACACCUACCAAGAGGCUCAGUUGUCCCCUCAAAACUGGACAAGGAAAACAGUGACUGUACAGUUGGUCUGUCUGAGAAAAUUGCCUCGAAGAGAAGGAAGCUAACAUUGGAUGCAGCAAAGAAGAUCCAUUCUUGCCCUCAAAGACCUGAUGCAGUUUCCAAAACAGAUACGUUGAAGGGACUGUGGAAUACAUUUGUAUCUUAUGCUGACAACAAAGAUGUUGUUGAGUUAUGCAGUAGAUCUAGAAAGGUUAAUACCUUAGUUGUACCUAAAGUAGUAAAUGAUUCUGUUGCUGCUUUUGAGAAAUCAGUAAAAAAUUAUGAAAGAUCUGUAAGUGUUAUUUACAGGGGGGGUCUUCUAAGUAAAAGGAAGUACAAUGAGUCGCGUUCCUCAGAAAUGUUUGACUUUGAUAUUUCCACUGGAAAGCGAAGGCGAACAGAGUUCAAACGAGGCUGUAAGGUGCCCUCAUUAGUACCAUACAAAGAUGUGAUGAAAUUCAUAUCAGAACAAGAGAUUGGGACCCUUCACAAUAUACCUCUGGCCAGGGCUGACAGUGAAAUUGAGAAGGAGAGUGAAGAUGUUAAUCAGAAUCUGUUACCACUUGUACCUGGUCAUUUCAUUGACUUGUAA